CUUAAGCUACGGGCUGUUCUAAUUUCUAAAUAUAAAAUUUAGUGAAUAUUCGAGGUUGAUUUUUUUAAGAUUUAUCUACAGGCUUAUAUGAUUAGGCGAUGUGUGUAUGCAUAUAUAUAUACACACACACACACACAUAUAUAUAUAUACACAAGCCUCUCAUAGCCACGCACACGUACAUGUGUGUAUGCAAUAAUUGUGUAAGGAAGGAAAAACAUCUCUUACAAAGCCAAUUCUCAGUUAAUGGCUGAUCGAAGAAUUACUCCGGUAACGUCAACUCCUGACCGCGAAAUAGAGUUUUAUCAAAGUAGCAGGUUCUCAUAUGAUGGGCAAGCUGAAUCCUUUCAUAGCCAACAUGUUAUCGAGGUGAAUUAUGGCAGUAAUAAUGGUGAAACAUCAGCAUAUCCUUUCCUUCUUUCGUUUAACAACUUAUCAUACAGUGUCAGAAUUCGUCCCAAAAUGUUAUUUGCUCCGAUUCGAAUGAGUGGGGGAGAAUCACAAGAGAUCCGCCGCAAGGUUUUACUCAAUAACAUUUCUGGAGAAGCACGGGAGGGGGAAGUUAUUGCAGUUCUUGGUGCUAGUGGAGCUGGGAAAUCGACUUUGAUCGACGCACUUGCAGGCCGCAUAGAGAGAAAAAGCUUAAAAGGAUCCGUCACUUUGAAUGGCGAAGCUAUAGAAUCGCAUGUCUUGAAGAUUAUUUCUGCGUAUGUAAUGCAAGAUGAUCUUUUGUAUCCAAUGUUAACGGUUGAAGAGACGCUGAUGUACGCCGCCGAGUUUCGGCUUCCUCGGAUGGUCCCUAAGGCAAAGAAGAAGGCGAGAGUUGAAGCGUUGAUCGAUCAACUCGGGCUGCGAAGAGCAAUGAACACUGUGAUCGGCGAUGAAGCUCACAGAGGCGUAUCUGGAGGCGAACGCCGACGAGUUUCGAUCGGAAUGGACAUUAUUCACGAUCCAAUUCUCUUGUUUCUUGAUGAACCCACCUCGGGGCUUGAUUCCACCAGCGCAUUUAUGGUGAUUAAGGUCUUGCAGGGAAUUGCAAGAAGUGGAAGCAUUGUGAUGAUGUCUCUACACCAACCCAGUUACAGAAUUCUCGACUUACUAGACCGUCUACUCCUCCUCUCCCGUGGAAACACCGUAUACGACGGCUCACCGCUUGAUCUUUCCCGGUUCUUGAAGGAUUUCGGCAAUCCGGUCCCUGAGAACGCGAAUCAAACUGAGUUUGCCCUCGAUGUGAUUCGUGAACUUGAAGAUUCUCCUGGCGGAAUCACAAGCUUGGUUGAGUUCAACCAUUCAUGGCAGAUGAUGAACAAAAAGAAAGAGGCACAGGAAAUGCCAAAUCUUUCACUUAAAGAUGCAAUCAAGGCAAGCAUUUCAAGAGGAAAAUUAGUCUCUGCUGAUACAUCUACAGAUAAUUCAAACUUCACCUCUAUUCCAGAUUUUUCUAAUCCCUUUUUUAUCGAAGUGACAAUUCUUUCCAAAAGAUUGUUAAGAAACUUAUCAAGAUUGCCUGAAUUAUUUGGAAUGCGGCUAGGUACAAUCUUUUUAACCGGGCUUAUUUUGGCUUCUCUUUAUUGGCACCUUGACAAUUCACCAAAAGGCUCAGAUGAGCGAUUUGCUUUCUUGAGUUUUACACUAAUCACCAUCUUCUUCGCCUGCUUAGAAGAAAUCCCCUUUUUCAUUGAAGAGCGAUUUAUUCUCAUAAGAGAAACAGCUUAUAAUGCUUACCGUAUAUUAUCUUAUGUCCUCGCUCACACUCUCCUGACCAUUCCUGCUUGCAUCACCCUUGCUCUUGCUUUAUCUUUAACAACCUUCUGGUCAGUUGGUCUUUCAGGAGGCUGCUCAGGCUUCUUCUUCUACUUCCUCGUAAUCUUAUUCUCAUUCUGGGCUGGAAGCUCCUUCACAGCAUUCAUAUCAUCAAUUAUUUCAGAUACCACAAUCAGUUUUACAGUUUCAGUUUCCAUUUUGGCUUACUUCUUACUUUUCAGCGGCUUCUACAUCCACCGUGAGUCAAUUCCCAAAUACUGGAAAUGGUUUCAUUAUAUUUCCAUGGUGAAAUAUCCGUAUCAAGCAAUUACCAAAAACGAAUUCAGUGAUUCCAGCAAGUGUUUCAUGAAAGGAGUGCAACUUUUUGACGUGACGCCAUUCGAGGGUGUCUCAACGGAGACGAAGGUGACCCUUUUAGAAGACAUGGGCACAACUUUGGGCACUAAUUUCACAACCUCGAGCUGUCUCUCAACUGGUAUGCAAAUUUUGCAGCAGAAGGGAGUGACUGAUAUAAGCAAAUGGAAUAACUUAUGGAUUACUCUUGCUUGGGGGUUUUUCUUCAGGACUAUGUUUUACAUCGUGUUGUCUUUUAGGGCAAAGAACAAGAGGAAGUGAGGUCGAUCGUUCUGUUUUACGUUGACUAUGUCUUAUGCCAUGCUUUUUUAUUUUAUUUUUCGUUUUUUUAAUUUAUUUUUUAUAAUGUAUCAAGAACAAUAAAACUAUG